AUGGAGAAUCAUGAGCAGACGAGUUUCACGUUUGAGAUAGAUAACUUCUUGGAGAAGGGAGAUGCGAUAUCUCCUAUAUUCAUAAGCGGCGGAUGCGAAUGGUUUAUUAGGGUUUGGCAAAUUGAAGAUCACUUGGCUGUGACUCUGAGCGUUCCGAAUCUUGAAUCCUUACGAUAUGGAUGGGAAAGGAGAACCAAGUAUUCAUUCAUUGUGUUGAAUCAAUCAGGCAGAGAGCUCGAACGAACAUUUGAAGUAGAAGGUCUCUUCUGUACUGAAUUAUUAGAAUGGUGUCAUCCCAAAGUAAUGCCUACGAACAAGCUUCAAGAAGUUUGUUUAGAAAAUAAUAAACUGAUCAUUGAAGUCCAAGUAAAAGUACUUGAAGUUGUUCAUGAAGGAGGGGUAACAACUGAGAAGGAGAUGUUCAAUAUUGAGGGUUUCGAUGUUCUCUAUACUCAGGUGUCUCGGGUCAGCUGGCUUUUCGUGGAACAUCCAAACAUUGCAGUAGAUGUCAGAAUAAAGAACCAGUUGGUGAGGACGGCAUACAUUAAUGUUCUCCUCGGUCUUAUCGAGACACUAGACAGGUCUCCACGGAGUCUUUCAGAGACUGACCUUAGAGACGCUCACAUCGAGUUGAGCGAGCUAACAGAAGCAGGAUUCAAGGUAGAUUGGUUAAAGAAAAAGCUUGAGGAGGUUUCCUUGGCGAGGAAGAAUGACAUUUCUGAUGGUUCUCAGGUGGAAGAACUCGAGGAACAUGUCAAGAAUCUCAAACUUGAGCUGGACAAUGAGAAGAUUAAAUCUUCUACUGCUUCUGAAAGAGUUUUGUUGUUGGAGAAAGAGGUGUUAGAUCUCAAAAUUGAACUGGAUCGGACAAGGAGAGGUCAGCCAAAUCUCCUAUAUCUAAAGUUGCGUUAUUGA